CAGCCCGCUCGUGCCCCGUGUUCAUUGUAUCUUCUACAAAGACUCGGGGGUGUCGGUCUGUCGUACGUCCCCGUGCGUUUGUUGAUGGGGCGGUGGUUGGGUUGGGUUCCCCUUCCCCAUGCUUUUUUAUUAUUUUGUUUUGAGUCGACGUUACGAUGUCUGUGAUUUCUUCGAUUCACGACUCCAUUUCUGGACUGGAGUCUGGAGUCUGGAGCAGACACCACCCACCCACAUCCACUACACCCCUGAUCUUUUGACUUUUAUUUCCUUGGGUUUUUUCGCUUCACCCACCAGUCCACCACUAACAUGAGCCGAAGGAAGGAUUGCACAUUAUAAAAAAAAAACCCACUUUCCCAGUUUUCAGUUUUGAACCAUUCGAUCUAUUUUGGACCGUAUUCCGAGAAUUCCUGCGCAUGGGCCACUUGGUCAUCCUUGAUGUUGAGUGGGUUUGCUUGUACUGUGCACUACGUAUCUAAUUCUUGUCCAUGGGCCUUGAACUUAAGUUGUGAGUUGAGACAUCCAAACUCAAAUCCAAACCCAUCAUUUCUAAAUUCUAAUCCUAUCUCGAUGUGGUAACCGGGAGAAGUACAUAGGACGGAUCACGGAAGUCGGAAGAGGAGCAGAGCAGGAUGGUUAUUAAUGGAAGCGCACGCCUCGUAAUUGACACCACAGACAAGCUUGUCGUCGCUUUCUGUUUCUAACAAGUCACAGUUGUUUCCAAUACAAGAGAUGGUGAAGAGAAGUCAGAGGAGAGGAGGGUGGGUGAUUGGAUUGAGCCGCAUUGAAUGUGCAAGUAACGUAACCCUCACUCAACAACAAAGCAAUAAUGUAUUUGUUAUGUCAUUUGUUGGUCUGGUCCAACGUCGAAGUCGAAGUGAGAGAGGGAAACAGGGUGCGAUUCGUCGGAGCCCAGUUGAAGAUCUGAUCUCGCUCCAUUCCAUCCUCAUACGUCUGCUUUGAUUCCACGUUUACGUUUUGACUAUGCUUUCAACGAUGGCUGCAAAAGACGAGGAGCCCAAGCAGAUCUACAAUCAUGGUCGCCGGUAUGUUUUCUUCGACCGUUCCGGCUGUUCUGUUAAAGCUUUUUACCCGGGAGGUAACACCCAUUUCGCCAAUUCGGAUCGGCUGAAAGGCAUGGGUGUAGAUUCACUUGAGAAAGCUAAGGCUGGCAGAGAAAAUAGCAUCGUUUUGGAGAUGAUGGAUGGCGAGUAUCCGGAGCUGUCUCACACCUCUGAGGAAGAUUCUGAUGUCAAGUCCGACGGGGGCACUUCUGUGUACAAUGGCGUUGAGAUGUUGUCCGAUGACGAAGCAUUCUCUGUUGAUGAUAUCUUGUACGAAGAAAGUGUGAAGAAGAAGCUCAGGUUCUUGGCCGGAAUGGUGGGGAUAGACUGUACGAAACCAGGCGUCGUGUUGGGUGAGGUUGUAAGGGUGUUGAAGGAUUUGGAGCGGGAAACAGGUGGUACUUCUCAGAAGAAGAAGACCUGGGUUUGAAGAUUUGUGAAGGAGAAAAAGCCUUUGUAAGGAUUGAAUCCAAGCAUUUUGUGUUGACAAUAAUAAAGAAUCAGGGCUGGUUAUUAUUAUAAUACUGUUAUAUAUGUGCUCUGUUGCUUCCAUACAGCCGGUUAUGUAAAUUAAUAUAAGUAUGAAAAUAAAAUAAACUGAU